UGUGAGUAUCGCGAACUGGUACGGGGUGAUUGUUGCGUUUUCUCAAAUUUAUUAAUGCAUUCGUUCUAUAAUUCGUCCCUUGGGAGUUUUAAGCAUGAUGCAGCAGGUGGUAUGGCAUCCCCAAGAUAUAUCUCAAGUAUCCAGUCAACAUGUUAGCAGCAGUUAUCCUCGACAAAGGGAUUCGUUCUUACAAUGGCUGCUUGUUCACACACCCUCUUCUCACUAAGGCUUGCACAAGUGCGUGUACGGCUGCCUUGGGAGACGUUCUUGGGCAGCUGAUAACUAGGCAGCCAAAAAUCAACUUAUUAAGCAUGGCUAGAUAUGCUUCUUUUGGUUUUGUGGUGACAGGACCGAUGGCUCACUAUUUCUACAAGAUACUGGAUAAGAUCGUGCCACCAACGGCAUAUGGUGCAGCCCUCAAGCGCCUGCUGGUGGAUAGAUUUACCUUCGCUCCUCUGCUGCUCUUGCUUUCCCUGUACAUACUUUCCAGGCUUGAGGGAAAAAGUCAUGACACAUGCACCAGUGAAGUCAAGGCAAAGUACUGGGCUGCUCUUAAGAUGAACUGGAAAGUCUGGACUCCAGUGCAAUAUAUCAACAUCAACUACAUACCACAGCAGUAUCGAUCGCUCUUCGCCAAUUUUGUGGCCGUGUUUUGGAUUAUGUACCUCACCAACAAGAGGAGGCAGGCAAUGGCAAAAAAGUAAUUUAAACUAAAUUGUAAAAUGUUCUUAUAAAUGCAGCUGUUUGAUGGAUACUUUAUGCACAUGUAUUUAUUAUACUCUGUGAAUUUUUUUUUAAUACAAGUACAAUGUAAUGAAAAUACUCUGGGAUAAUGAAACGUUAUGAAGGUUGUGUCUAAGCUACACUUCAUGUAUAUUUUAGAUGAUUAUAGAUAUUAUCUGUUGUCUCCUAUUAUACUGUCAUAUUUCUUAGACAUCAUUUAUAGAGACUAGAUAUUAUUCUUUCAUGAUCACAAUUUCGAUGGAAUGAGAAUAAGUACAACAAGGUAAUAUUGAUUUUUAUAAUGGUUUAAAAGAUAUGCUAUUCAUCCACUGAUCUGCAUAAUGGAAAGAUAGCUUAUUGCAGGUUAUCAAGAAGUAUCAAAAUUGACUGAAUUUAUUUAACUUUUGUUCUUCAAUUUCAAGAUAAUGUUAUGAAUUUUAAAUAUGAGGAAUAAGGUAGAUAUAGACUGAUAUGACUAGACUGCAUUCUUAUUUCAUUAAAAGAAAAUAGAUUCUCAUGAAAGCCUAUUGCCAGUGUCUGGUAUCCAGUAUGUGGGAGACAAAACUCAGCAAAAAUUUUCACUCCAAAAAUGUUUAAAUUAUCUAUAAUAGAAGCAAAUAAGAAUGAUUUGAGCUGAAUUAUGUACAAAAAAUAGACAAAUGAAAAUCUAGUCCUGUAUGUCGAAACAACUCUGAACUUUGCUAUUUGUGAAGCAUUAGGUAAAUUUGGGAGACUAGGAAGUCAAGCAAGUGAGUGAAUUGUAGCCUUCAUUGAUUUUGUCACAGUUACUUAUGGUAUUUUGUUGCAGAAACUAUGUAUAAUACGUUUCUGGUGUUAACAGAGUUAUUAAUUAUUUUUGACGUUUAUAAGGAAAUGUCAAUUAGGGAGAAUAAUGUUCAGUACAUAGCACUGGUAUUGCUCAGUUUUUACAUGGAGAUUUUAUAUAAAAAUGUCAAUAUAUAUUCUUAAUCCAGAUGAACAUUAUUUUCCACUAGACUUGUUGUUAAAUAUAUUAAUAUAGAUUUACAGAGGUUGUGAUGUGUAAAAACUUACUGUUUUAGACUUUUCAAAAGAGUUAUAUUUUUUUUGUGCCAAAUUUUGAAAUACAGGUACCUUGUUAUUUUUUAUAAUAACUUUAUUGAGAUACAGAUAUAUACUGAAAUAAAUGCUUAUUCUAUUAUUGUGGGAGCCCUGAUAUUAUUUCGUAGAUUGUUAUGUGUAUGUGGUAAAUAGUUUAGUGAUGAUUGCUUUGCUCAAAUUCUGAUGUUAUUAUAUAAUUGUAUCAUACUGUUUGUGCAAUAUUUAGUUUUAUAUAAAUUUACCAUUUUAUGCCAAAUCUA